UACCGAUAUAAUAAAUAUCGGUAUCGGACUCCUGCUUAAAUAUUGGUGCAGCCCUGUUGUCAGAAGUACUCUUGGGAAAAUUUCACGAUGUUCCAGUUUUUCUCCUGGACCGGAUCCACAUCAUCCAUUUGCAGAGCCGGGUCGGAGAGCCAGCAGAUGGAGCUGCGCUGUGGGUUGUUUACAGUUAACGGGAGCUGAGCGCUGUAGUCUACCGUCAGCAGGAGCUUCAAUAGAGGCUUUCCGCGGCGCUCCGCUCGGCUCUUUAUUCUCAGAAAUACCGGGACUAGACAUUCAUCACAUCGCGAGGUUGGGCGCUGGCAGGGAUCCAAAGUGUAAGGUUUCAGUGAGAGACAACAGUUCUGAACGAGUCGCAGGGCAGUCUACUUAUGUCAGGACGAAACGGGUCUGCCAGCGAUGCAGACUGCCGAGUCUCAGACAAGUGCCACGUCCCGGCUGACAUGGAGCUGAUGGAGCUGGGACCCCUGCUGGAGGAGCCGGGGGCCUCUGCGGCGAACACACAGGGAGCCAGUAGUGACGCAGUUGAGGAAGAUGAUGAUGAUGAAGUGGGCGAGGUUCUUACUCUUCCACUGCAGGCCCAUCAUGCCAUGGAGAAGAUGGAAGAGUUUGUCCACAAGGUUUGGGAGGGCCGCUGGAGGGUCAUUCCCUUUCACGUUUUACCGGAGUGGCUUAAGGACAAUGACUACCUCCUGCAUGGACACCGACCGCCCAUGCCCUCGUUCCGUGCCUGCUUUGGGAGCAUCUUCAGAAUCCACACAGAGACGGGAAAUAUCUGGACCCAUUUGCUGGGACUGAUCCUGUUCCUGUUCCUGGGAACCCUCACCAUGCUAAGACCGAACAUGUACUUCAUGGCACCGCUGCAGGAGAAGGUGGUUUUCGGGAUGUUCUUCCUGGGCGCUGUGCUCUGCCUCAGCUUCUCCUGGCUGUUCCACACUGUCUACUGCCACUCCGAGAAAGUGUCUCGCACCUUCUCCAAGUUAGACUACUCUGGCAUUGCCCUGCUGAUCAUGGGCUCGUUCGUUCCCUGGCUCUACUACUCGUUCUACUGCUCCCCACAGCCCCGCCUCAUCUACCUCACUAUAGUCUGUGUGCUGGGCAUUGCUGCCAUCAUCGUGGCCCAGUGGGACCGCUUUUCUACGCCCCGACACCGGCCCACACGAGCAGGAGUGUUUAUGGGCCUAGGACUGAGUGGUAUAGUACCCACCAUGCACUUCACCAUUGAGGAAGGCUUUGUUAAGGCUACUACAGUGGGGCAGAUGGGCUGGUUCUACUUAAUGGGGGCCAUGUACAUCACAGGUGCUGGAUUGUACGCUGCUAGGAUCCCUGAGCGCUUUUUCCCUGGCAAGUGUGAUAUCUGGUUUCAUUCCCACCAGAUAUUCCAUGUGCUGGUGGUGGCAGCUGCUUUUAUCCAUUUCUACGGGGUGUCCAACCUGCAGGAGUUCCGCUACGGGCUGGAGGGGGGCUGCACUGACGAUACACUCCUCUGAGACUUUUACCCCACUACUGCCCCCUCUGGAAAGAUGGAAAACAAGUUCGCUUGUGCCCCCUAUAGUUUUUCUCCCGUUACCUGAAUCAUGCAGUCCAGCAGCAGUGGGAGUGUCGGAGGAAAGACGCUGGGCUGGCGUGAUGACAUAAAUGCCAGGCUCAAUGUCUGACAGUUCUGCUCUUUACUGCAAUGUGUUUUAGAGUAAAGUUCAUAGUAAAGUUAAAUCAUUAUUUAAUGGAGGAAAUGUUACCCUGACACAACAGACCACUGAAGACGUGUGGUCAUUUUGGAGUCGGUGCCAUGUUGUUUAUGCCCAUAUUUGGCACUAUAGUCUACUGUGCUUUCAGUUGCAGGAAUGAAUGGUGGUUUUCAUAAAACGUUCCUUAUUCAACCCUAUACAUUAUACUCUGUUUAUAUUUUUCUCCUGAACAUCACUGGAUCCUCUGAAUUAACAUGAACAUUGUUUAAGAGAUGUAAUGGGAACAUUGCUACAUGUAAGCUAAUUCUGCUGCACAGGAGUUACGACGUCUGUUUGCUAUGGAGGUAUAGCAGUAUAAAAAACAGACUCUGGUUGUAUCACAUUUUGGUUUAUGAUUCUACUUUAGGCAUGAUCAGGCAAAAACGAAAAGAGGAUGCACCACAGUGGUGUUGAGUGGAUGGUGGUGUUGAGUAGUGUAGCCUGAGUGCAGGUCAGGCUUUAGAACUGGUUAAAGCAAGAUAAAUGAAAGUGUUGUGGUGUUUCUGUAGGAGAAAACAUACCUUAAACUGGUCAGCUAACUGGUUGAACAGCUAGUUUGAUUGAGUUUGAUUGAAGUGCUCAUACUGUGCUAAUAUUAAACAUGGUAAAACCUCUCGAGCACACUGCUAACAGUACUGCAGGCUUAAUAACGUCGAUUCAGUGCACGGUAUCAUUAGCAUUAGCUUACACUUAGCAAUAUUAGCAGUACAGCACUUAAACAAUGUAGUAUAGGGUUCUGGAUAUAUUUAUUUACUACAUAAUGUGAUUGUGUGAGUAUAUUUUUAGAAAACCAUUCAUUUCUGCCAUUGGAAAUUCAGCUUAGUGCAAGAGUCCAAAUAUGGAUGUACGUAGGACUCCAGAAUGACGCACAAUAUCAGUGGUCUAUUGAACACAAAACUAAAUGCAAUAUUUGUGGUUUGUUUUACAAUCCUACUGCACUUUUUCAAGGCUGUAGAGCAGCUCUCUCUCUCUAUCUAUCUCUCUCUCUCCCUUUUUAAUUCUCUCUCUCCGUACUAAAAACGCUGUUACAAUUCUCUCGGUGGAAGUUUGUUCUCCUGACACCGUUGGACGCACACUCCUCAUAUUGCCCAGUUUUUAUUACUAUAAGUGAGUUUGUGUGUUUCCUCCAAAUCACGCUGAUGGGAGAACGCACAAUGGGCAGUCAGGGUGGCACACAGGGCAAUCGGUCGAGUUUAUCUGCUUGGCCUUCUUUUCCUUUUUCACUCCGAGUCUAAAGGAAAAGAUCGUUUCAUAGAAAAGUUUCUGCACCUUACACAAUAAUAUUAAGAAUUAAGACAAGCUCUGCAUGGGCUCGUCCGUGCAGUCUGUAUACUAUAAACUUUUAGACUUCCUGUGCCUUAGGCCAGUGGAAAUAGUUUUAAGUAGAUUGGCCAAAACUGCAGUCUGGUAAUCUUCGUUAGUCUCGAAUAUAAACAAGACGUUUUCUUUCAUUCCUAAUCAACUUAAGGGUCUCAGCCUUCAGCUAGGGCUCUUCUGAAACUGCUGUUUAUUUAAAUUAGUAUUUGAUCCUUUUUAAAUACGCUGACUGUGGCUUUAUUAAAGACUAAACAUUUCAUGUGUUCAUUUGUUGUGUUCUUUGUAGAAGUGAUAAAACCAUACAUUUCACAGGUGUAAAAUGUUCAAAUAAAUAUUUAUGAAUGGUC